GAGAGAGGGAGGGGAAAAAGUGGACACAAGUGGAGAAAAGUGUAAUCGGAAACCAUCCCUCCUUCUGUCGCUUCCUCAUCUCUCUCGCUCUCUCUCUCUCUCUCUUUCUCUCUCUCAGUAUGGAAUAGCUCAGCUCUUGGCUCACUCGUCUCUCUGAGUGAGUGUGUGUGUGAGUGUGUGGACGUUACUGACUGACCGGGACUCAGCUGCUGGAACUGAAACUCUUCUCAGAGGAGUCGUACUUCAGAGGAUUCAGAAUUCAGGACGAGCCCCGGGGAAGAGUGUGAAGGUCAGAGGUCAUGGGAAGGUCACCAGGGUCGGAGGUUCCUCUCCUCCUCCUCUUCAUCUCCUUCGUCUCCUCUCUCUCUCCGCCGCUGCCCAGAGUCUUCCUCCCCUUUCAAGAGCUGCAGACGAGUCACUCGUUCGAGUUCUACACGCUGUCGGAGAAGCAGAUGGACUACAGGAUCCUGUACGUGGACGAGGAUCAGGACCGGAUGUAUGUGGGCUGUAAAGAUCAUCUUCUCUCCAUGGACAUCAACAACAUCACUCAGGGAACACUGAAGAUUCACUGGCCUGCGUCCAGCGCCAAGAUCGAGGAGUGUCAGCUGGCUGGAAAAGAUCCAACUCAUGGUUGUGGAAACUUCCUGCGAGUGAUUCAGCCCUAUAACAGAACUCAUCUGUUUAUCUGCGGCAGUGGAGCCUACAGCCCGGUGUGUGCGUAUGUCAACCGCGGCCGACGCCCCGAGGAGAAAGUGUUUCACGUCUCCUCGAAGUCAGAGUCGGGAAAAGGACGCUGCUCCUUCAACCCACAAGUCAACACCGUCUCCAUCAUGCUCAAUCAAGAGCUUUUCUCCGGCAUGUACAUCGACUUCAUGGGGACAGACGCGGCCAUCUUUAGAAGUCUGACCAAACGGAACGCGGUGAGGACGGACCAACACAACUCCAAAUGGCUCAGCGAGCCCGUGUUUAUCGACGCACACCUGAUCCCCGACGGAUCCGAUACAAACGACGCCAAACUUUAUUUCUUCUUCCGUGAGAGACUAACGGACAACAGCGGCAACACCAAGAACAUCCACACCAUGGUGGCACGAGUCUGUCCCAAUGAUGUAGGUGGUCAGCGCAGUUUAGUGAACAAGUGGACGACGUUUCUGAAGGCCCGUAUGGUGUGUUCGGUUGUGGAGGAGGACGGCACUGAAACACACUUCGACGAGCUCGAGAGUGUGUUUCUGCUCGAGACUGACAAUCCCAAAGGACUGCUUUUAUACGGACUGUUCACUUCCACCAGCUCAGUGUUUAAAGGAUCGGCGGUGUGUGUGUACAACAUGGCCGAUGUGCUGACGGUGUUUAACGGGCCGUUUGCUCACAGAGACGGACCUAAUUUCCAGUGGACACCAUUUCAGGGACGAAUGCCAUAUCCACGCCCCGGAACUUGUCCCGGAGGUGCGUUCACGCCCCAUGUUCGGAGCACUAAAGAGUUUUCUGAUGACGUGGUGACGUUCAUGAGGAAUCACCCACUGAUGUUUAACUCGGUUUACCCGCUGGCGCGGAGACCGCUGCUGCUGCGCACACACGCUGACUACAGAUACACCGCCAUUGCCGUCGACCAGGUGCACGCUGCUGACGGCCUCUACCACGUCCUGUUCCUCGGCACAGACAGAGGCACGGUGCAGAAGGUGGUGGUCUUACCCACUAAUCGCUCUCUGGAUGAGGAUCUGAUCCUGGAGGAGCUGGAAGUGUUUAAGAAACCAGCAACAAUAACCAACCUGAGGAUCUCCUCUAAGAAGCAACAGCUGUACGUGAGUUCGGAGUAUGGCGUAUCCCAGGUGUCCCUGCACCGUUGCCAUGCCUACGGCUCAGCGUGUGCAGACUGCUGUUUGGCCCGGGACCCGUACUGCGCCUGGGACGGGCGGAGCUGCUCUCCAUUCUACCCUACAGGAAAGAGGAGGAGCAGAAGGCAGGACAUCAUGCACGGAAAUCCACUCACGCAGUGUCGAGGCUUCAAUCUGAAAGCCUACAGGAACGCAGUGGAGAUGUCUCAGUAUGGAGUAAAGAAUAACACCACGUUUCUCGAAUGUUCUCCCAAAUCACCACAAGCCUCCGUGCAGUGGCUCAUCCAGAGAGAGAACGACCGCAGGAAAGAGGUGAAGAUGAGCGAGCGUGUCGUAGCGACGGAGUACGGCCUCCUGAUCCGCUCGGUGCAGUUCUCUGAUCAGGGCAUGUAUCACUGCAUCGCCACGGAGAACGGCUUCAAGCGGACGCUCGCCAAGAUCCGGCUUCAUGUGCUGAGUGAGGCGCUACUGAGCGCGCUCAGCGACAAGCACUCGUCGCCAUGGAAACCCAGAGCGCUGGCGUCGGCCCUGGGCCCGGCUGAGACGCUCGCCAUGCAGCAGUACUGCAAAGAACGACAGCAGCUGCAGAGCUUCCGGGUAAAUCCACGAGGAGACCUGGGGAAACUCAAACCACUGCUGCAGAACCGCAAGAGCCGGAACCGACGGAACCACCCACACACCGAGUAGAACACGACAAGAAACAAGGACUAACAGGAGGUCCUGGGGGUGGGAACAAGGGCGGAGCUUAGGUUGAAUUUAUCAGCCAAUCACAAAUGUCACUACAGAUCGUUUUUUUUUUUUCUACAUUUCAUAUUUAUAAUAAUUUAGCAACAUUAGCUGAGCUAGACAGGUAGCUAAGUCUGAUGCUAAGCCCCUAGCUUAACGUAGCAUAAAAAAAUACUGGUUUUAAUUACACCGUAUAAUAGUUUAGCAAUAUUAGCUAAGCUACCCAGCUACCUAAACACAACCUGCAUUAAUGUUACGCAGAUAGCUAGCUAAAUAGUAGCACCAUCAUUUGCAUACUAGAACCUGGUUGGCUCUUAUAAUUUGUGAUGAAGUAACACUCUUAUUUGCAUAUUCAGCCUGAUUGGCUCUUAUAUAUCUGUUACGUCUUUGUUAACUCAUGUUAGCUUAAAGUCUAUUGUGCAAAUAAAAUUAUUUGUCAAGUUUUCCAUUAAGUAAACAAUUAUAGGCUGAUUUAUUGGCUGAUCAAAACCACUAGCUAAUAAACUAGCUAAAGUUCGCGAGAUGACGUUAGAUUAUUUAAAAGUAUUUAUUAUUUAAAUUAUUUUAAAGCUAAUUAAAUCCAACAGCCAAGUUUGCUAGCAAUAAACAUCGGUAGGGAUAAUUUGUUAGCUAGAGAGUAUUUUAUUCUGCUAUUCGAAACUGGAGUCAAACUUGCUAGCAUGGUAGUUAAUCAAGUUUGCUGGGACAAUGGCUAAUCAUUGAUUGUGUAGUUAAUACGAUUAGCCAUGUUCCUUAGCAAGAUAGCUAACUUAGAUUUAACUGUCAUAUUGUGUAAUUAAAACCUUGCUAGUCGGCUAGUUCACAUUAUGCUAGCUAUAAUUAUGUUAUUAAAAUCAGUAGCUAGGUUUACUAGCAAAACAGCUAAACUUUAUUGUUCUGUAAACCAGUAGCUAAGUCUACUAGCCAAGCUAGCUAACAUCACAUGACGAACUUAGCGAUUGGACGAUCAGGUUGAACUUGAGCUUCGUCCUUGUUGAGAUCUUCAGGACGUGAAAACGGAGGACUGACGGGAAACGUGUUUUCCAAAUGAAGCAGAAAGAAGGGGAGACGGACAGACAGAUGGAGGAGAGGAACGCAGAAGAGGAGCAGAAACGUUUAGAGGAGAUUUAUGACGUGUGGAGGAACGAAAAGAAGGAAAAAAGGAGAACUUUCAAAUUCUCUAAUACAGACCUGAUGUCUUUAUUUACAGCUUCAGUACAGGAGCUUUUAACCUGCAUGAUGUUACGCUGACCAGAUGACUGUGAUACACACACACACACACACAUAUACAUACACACACAUAUACAUACACACACAUAUACAUACACACACACACACACACACACACACACACACACACACACACACACACAUACACACCCCCUAAAGAGCCGUGAUGAACUACAGCAUGUCUUAAUUUAUUUUAUUUUUUAAAAGUUUUUGUAGUAAUUAUGCAGGACAGUAAUUGUUAGCUACAAUUGGUAUAAAUUGUGUUCAAACCGUUUACAAAAAAACAAAAUGAAAAAAAAAUUGCGGCGAGCGAACACGGUGCGAAAACAAAAACGAGAGAGAAAUGUUCCCAAAAAUUGCAAGCAGUGGGUUUAUCCACUUUGGAUUCAAUUCAUACAUUCAUAACGUACACAUAUGAAAUAUGCUAAUUGUUCAGCCAGAGUUCAUGGGUAACAUUUGCCAAUUUGAACCUGAUUGGUUCUUAUAUUUUGUUACGCAGUGAUACUGUCAUUCGCAUACUAUAACCUGACUGGCUCAUUUACAUACAAUGGGAUUGGCUGAUUUGCAUACUAGAACCCGAAUUGACUCAUUUGAACACUAGAAUCUGCUUGGCUGAUUUACAUACUACACCCUAAUUGGCUUAAUUGUAUACUAGAACCUGAUUGACUGAUUUGCAUACUAUAAACCGAUUAGCCUAUUUGCAUACUACAACCUAAUCGGCUCAUUUGUAUAUAGCAAACCUUAUUGGCUCAUUUACAUACUAUAAACUGAUUUGCAUACUGCAACCUGAUUUUCAGGGCUGAUUUUCCUAUUACAACCUGAUUGGCUGACUCGCAUACUACAACCUAAUUGAGUCAUUUGCAUACUAGAACUUGAUUGGCUGAUUUGCAUACUACACCCUAAUCAGCUCAUUUGCAUACUAGAACCUGAUUGACUGAUUUGCAUACUAGAACCUAAUCAGCUCAUUUGCAUACAGCAACCCUGAUUGGCUCAUGUGCAUACUAUUAACUGAUUUGCAUACUGAAACCUGAUUUGCAUACUUGAACCUGAUGGGCUGAUUUUCGUAUUACAACCUGACUGGAUGAUUUGAAUACUACAACAUAAUUGGCUAAUUUGCAUACUAGAACAAAGGCUAACAGAAGCUUUCUCUGAUUUGCACUCGCAGGACACACACACACACACACACACACACUUUAAACAGACCCUGUCACACAGGAGUUAGCUGUUUAGCAGUGUGGAACGUACCACACGUCUCUUGUAAAAUGUUCUGCUUGUGUAAUGGGAAUUCCGCGCAGAUGAUUUAAGGGUUUGAGGGUCUGAGAUGAAAACGUGCUGGAGAGACCAACGUACAAUCCAGCUGUGUGACAGAUGUUAGAGAAAAAAACAGAGAGAGAGAGAGAUGUAUGAGGAAAAUAUUAUUGUACUCCAGGACGUCUUUUCGCCAUCUCAGCUGUUAAUUAAAUGCGUUAAGCAGAAGUAUCGCCUUCUCCAACUUCAAAUUCGUCCAGAAUCUUAAAGAAAUGCUCCCAAGUGUCACUCAUUUGGAUUUGCCCGUGUUCACAAUGUUUGCUAACGACACUGUAUGAAAAGGGCGGAGAUUAUGCUAAAUUCACCCAGCCAAUCACGAACCUCGUCACCAACCCUGUUACCUACAGUAUGCACUAAAUUUGAUCAGCCAAUCACAAACUUGAUCAUUUUUGCUAAUGUUAGCUAGGCGACAUAAACAGCUAUCUAGCAUAAUGUAUGCAUAAUGUAUGCGAAGUAUGACGCAGAGACAUAUAAGGAAAGCUAGCAGUGAUGUCAUGUGAUCAAGUGUGUGAUUGGCUGAUUAAAGUAAACACUGUUAUUCCAAAACGUGUGUGUGUGUGUGUGUGUGUGUGUGUGUGUGUGUGUGUGGUAUUUAGUCCACUGAUCCCCCUUCAUAAUUCACAGUGUAAGUGAGAUGUACAGAUUUAUUUAAAGCGCUGUUGCUGUUGUUGUUGUUGUUGUUGUUGUGUAAAGUGUUUGUGAAAAUGCGCAUGGUGUUAAUUACUUCAGGUUCGUUUGAACUCAGCCGGACUCAGGAGACGGGUUUAAUACGAAGACUAGAUUUUUAAAAUCACACAAUGACGUCGGUUUAGGAAUUCAGGAAUGAUGUGUUUUUACUUUUUUAUAAGGAAUUAGGUUCACGUUCCUGACUAACCUUUCAGUACAGGUCAAAGUUCAGACAGACAGGUAGAGAGGACAGACAGAGCAAUAAACAAGCAGACAGACAGGCACAAAGUCAGGCAGAUAGACAGAAAUAAAUACAGACAGACGGGUAGAGAGAUCCGGAGACAGAUGGACGCUCCAGCAGACAGACAGACGUAGAUACACUGACAGACAGAAAGACAAAGUCUGACAGACGAACUCAUAGACAAACAGAAAGUCAGAUAGAUAGAUGGAUAGAUAGAUAGAUGGAUAGAUAGAUAGAUAGAUAGAUAGAUGGAUAGAUAGAUAGAUAGAUAGAUGGAUAGAUAGAUAGAUGGAUAGAUGGAUAGAUAGAUAGAUAGAUGGAUAGAUGGAUAGAUAGAUAGAUAGGUAGAUAGAUAGAUAGAUAGAUAGAUAGAUAGAUAGAUAGAUAGGUAGAUAGAUAGAUAGAUAGAUAGGUAGAUAGAUAGAUAGAUGGAUAGAUAGAUAGGUACAUAAACAGGCAUGCAGAAAGUCAGAUAGGCAGAAAAACACAUAGAUGGAAAGUUAAGUGUGUGUGUAUAUAGAUAGACAGAUUUGAUAGUUUGACAGUUUGGUAGAUAGAGAUGGACACAGACAGACAGACAGACAGACAGACAGACAGACAGUUUGAUAGAUAGAGAUGGACACAGACAGACAGACAGACAGUAGAGAUGGACACAGACAGACAGACAGACAAACAGACAGUUUGAUAGAUAGAGAUGGACACAGACAGACAGACAGACAGACAGACAGACAGUGAUAGAUAGAGAUGGACACAGACAGACAGACAAACAGACAGUUUGAUAGAUAGACAUGGACACAGACAGACAGACAGUUUGAUAGAUAGACAUGGACACAGACAGACAGACAGUUUGAUAGAUAGAGAUGGACACAGACAGACAGACAGACAGACAGUUUGAUAGAUAGAGAUGGACACAGACAGACAGACAGUUUGAUAGAUAGAGAUGGACACAGACAGACAGACAGACAGACAGACAGUUUGAUAGAUAGAGAUGGACACAGACAGACAGACAGACAGACAGUUUGAUAGAUAGAGAUGGACACAGACAGACAGACAGACAGACAGUUUGAUAGAUAGAGAUGGACACAGACAGACAGACAGACAGACAGUUUGAUAGAUAGAGAUGGACACAGACAGACAGACAGUUUGAUAGAUAGAUAUGGACACAGACAGACAGACAGUUUGAUAGAUAGACAUGGACACAGACAGACAGACAGACAGACAGUUUGAUAGAUAGAGAUGGACACAGACAGACAGACAGUUUGAUAGAUAGAGAUGGACACAGACAGACAGACAGACAGACAGUUUGAUAGAUAGAGAUGGACACAGACAGACAGACAGACAGACAGUUUGAUAGAUAGAGAUGGACACAGACAGACAGACAGACAGACAGUUUGAUAGAUAGAGAUGGACACAGACAGACAGACAGACAGACAGUUUGAUAGAUAGAGAUGGACACAGACAGACAGACAGACAGACAGUUUGAUAGAUAGAGAUGGACACAGACAGACAGACAGACAGACAGUUUGAUAGAUAGAGAUGGACACAGACAGACAGACAGACAGACAGACAGUUUGAUAGAUAGAGAUGGACACAGACAGAGACAGACAGACAGUUUGAUAGAUAGAGAUGGACACAGACAGACAGACAGACAGUUUGAUAGAUAGAGAUGGACACAGACAGACAGACAGUUUGAUAGAUAGAGAUGGACACAGACAGACAGACAGUUUGAUAGAUAGAGAUGGACACAGACAGACAGACAGACAGACAGUUUGAUAGAUAGAGAUGGACACAGACAGACAGACAGUUUGAUAGAUAGAGAUGGACACAGACAGACAGACAGUCUGAUAGAUAGAUGAAUGUAAUACUAUAAUAUAUUCAUUAGUGUUUAGACAGACGUGUUGAUCACAUGACCAACAGCAAUAAUUUUUUUUUUUUUUUUUACAGAUAAAAGCAGGAGGUCAUGUGACACACAGCUAACACAGUUUGUAGUUAGUGAGGUAGUGUUAGAAACUUUAACACCCCCCCCCGGUCUCCUGAGGUGGCGCUGUUAAAGUCGGGCUUCCCAAAACUCACGAGCUUUAUUCCUUUCUCUCUCCGUUUCCGACAGUCUGCCCUUCUGCAGAGUACUGACUUUAACGCAUAAAUAAACGGAUGAACGGCACCGCGGCUCUGUAAUGCUAUAAUACUAUAAUACUGUAAUACUGUAAUGUUGUGAUGUUGGAAUGUUCCUGCAGAUGAAAAAGAGGUCUGGAGGUGGAAUGUGUUUUCUUUCCCCCCGAUGUUGUGCUAAAUGUUGUGUGUUUCUAUUUAUUAAUGUUAUCAGCCUGAAUCUUUGCAUUAAACACUCAGUAAAAUGA